CCCACCCGUGCCGCUUGGCUGGCUUGCCAGCUUGCUGCAGCAGCACAGGAGCAGCUAGCAGCCCUGCUACAACCAGGAUAUGGUGCGAGCUUGGCCAAGGAGAUCCGGCGACGAGUUUCGCCGCUUCUGUGCCUACCGCAACUGCCAUUCAUGUUGGCGGGAGCUUGCAUAUUGAGGAGACGACGGGGUACAGGAGGAGGCGUAGAGCAGUAGCAGCAUGGCGAUGGGAACGCCGACGAAGUUUCUGAUCGGGCUAAUGCUGCUCGUCAACGCCCUGGUGCUGAUCAACAUAAGACGAGCUAGCCCGGAUUUGCCUCGAGCCAUGGGAGGGGUGUUCCGGGGUCAAACGCAAAGGAGAAUCACGCCGGACGCUGGGCGGGGGGACCCCUCGCAGCAGACGGCGGCAGCGAGCACAGCGACAGCCACGUCGGCGGUAGACGUAGCACGACCACCGAACUCGCAGCAGCAGCAGCAGCAGCAGCAGGUUUCGUCCCCGAACACUGAUACCGCCGCCGCUGCCUCCGCCGCCCCUGCCGCCAUGGGAUCUACAGUUGCUGUCGGGGCAGAGGGCAUGCAGGGUGGCGACAGCCGAGAAAGAAUAGGAGAAGAGAACCGCCCCGGUGGGGNCCUGGUGGUGCAGGCGGCGCGGCGGGAGAAACAGACGGAGGAGUGCAAGGGCAUGGCGAAGUCGCUCAGGAUCGUACCGAACAAGAGCUGGGGCAAGGCCACCAAGCCCCAGCAGCAGCAGUGGGACCUUCUGGGCUGCAACGGCUUGAUAGAGACCGAGGCGCGGGGGGGUCAAGGGGGGGGUCUGAAGCUGCCGGACUGCACUGCGAGGCCGUCAGCCAAGAGCGAUCCGCUCAUCGCCGUGUGUGCCGGAAGCACCACGCGCGGGGUGCCCUCCCCGGACGAGCACUCUCUCGCCCUCUUCCGUUUCCUGCUACCCUCGCUGGCGCGGACGGCGGACUGCGGGUUCCGGUACCUGGCGGUCGUGGGUUACGACGUUGGCGACGGUUUCUUCGACGGGGCCACUGGAAAGGCCAAGACACUCGCGUGGUUCGAAACGGAGGUGGCCAGACCGGCGGCGCUGCGAGGCCUGAGCAUAGAGCUGGAUCUGGUCAGGGUCGAGAACGCCAUCAAGAAGCCCGGCCCUGUGUUCACGGCGGUGACAAAGGCGGCGUACGAUCGUGGUGCGAACUACAUCUAUCGCGUCAACGACGACUCGGAGAUGCACACGCCUUGGGCUCGGUCCUUCGUCAACGCUCUGGAGGCGAUGGGGCCCCCGUACGGCGUGGUCGGCCCUGAGUCUUUAAACAAUAACAUUCUGGUGCACGACUUCACGCAUCGGCUGCACAUGGACAUCUUCGGUCAGCAGUACUACCCUCCCUCCCUCACUGACUGGUAUGUGGACGACUGGAUUUCCCGCGUCUACGGCAACUCUCGCACUAUACGGGCAAAGAACUGCAGGGUGGAGCACCACACGGGGGCCCACGGGCAGCGGUACAAGGCGGACACGAGCAAGGCGAGCAGCGUGGACGGCCUCGUCCUGGUCGGCGCCAGGAAGAUCUCGGCCUGGGCCAGCGGGAACGGGGCGGAGACCGCGGCGCGGGAGAUACUGUCGGAGAAGCUGGACGGGAAGUCGGCAACAAAGGCUUGGGCUCGAGAAAUACCUUAACUUGUACAACACUAAUCAAAAACUCCGGUGUGUUGAUCUUGUUCGGAAAUUCUACCCAGAAUUUGCGAAAAGUUGAUGAUUUUUUAAAAGAAAUUCUACACAGAAAAGACUACCCGUUUGAGAUGUAGCACAGUAGGGCCGCAGCGCUUGAACGGGGUGUGUGCGUUGAAUGAAGUCUUUGCAGUGAGUGGGGGAGGAAGAUGUCGGGGGGGGGGGUUCUUGCGGAAAGCGGCAUGUGUGCAGAAGUGUGCAUAGAUACCACGACCACCAUUGUAUGUUGUUUUUUGGGAACGCUCGCGGACGAGACGACGGCCUUUGGGGCUGUAACCGGCAUGGUGUAUGUAGGGGCCACGAGAGGAGCGACGACCACGCACACUUCCGUAUUGCCUGCGGUUCUGCGACAAUAUCGGCUGAGCUUGGCUCCUCCGUUUCCAAGGUUUGUCGUCGGAGAGAGGGCGGGCGAGGCAGUGUCGUGGGAGUACGGUCCGCCGUCGGCAGGUCGGGGUAUUGAGCGUUCGGCUCGAAAGCUCCUGUGCCAAAAGUUAUGGAUAACACGAACCUUGGCCUAGGAGGAGAGUGGAGACGUUCUUUUUCGCCUUCUUCGCCGCCUGGAAAGAAACAACUCCCGGGAUGAUGGAUGGGUCGUGUCUCUGGAGACUUGUUUUGCGCUGGACUUGGUUAAAAUAUGGAAGGACUAGGUCGCCUCUCGUCCUCCAGCAGAGGCUUGUCACGAAACAGACACUCGACUGUUGAACCGAAUUCGAUUGGCGCAGGCUAAACCAGGUCGUUCCUUGUAGAAUAUGAAGGCAGGGCGUGCUGUUGUGUGCGUGUGAGUGUUUUUUCGUUGGCCGGUAUGGACUGCGCCCGCUGCCUGACCAAUUAGUAGAUGCCAGUCUCAAGUGUGUGAGCGUGCCCUCUCGAAGCUUGUCGGGGUUCUCCCAAAGUUUUGCGUUAUUUUGUUGUGUCGUUGGUCGUUGAGGCCGUGUGUUCUCACCGUCAUCGUGUCGUUUACUUGUAACGUCUUUUUCGACGUGGUACAUUAAUAGGAUGAACCGGGAGUGUGUUGUUUUGAGUGAGUGAGAAUCGAACACCACCUGCGGGAUACGGGACUUAGUUUAGUUGGAUCUGGUUACUUCGUGACACCACACACGGAUAAGACAUUUUUUUUUCGUUCUUCCGUCUGGCGGAAAGGAGGGGAGUAAGGCCAGCCCUCCACGAGCUUUCGAGCUUCUUUCUUUUUGUUCUUGCAAACCCAUCUCUUUCCAUAGAUGGUGAAAGUGCCCGUGUUGUUUGUGAUAUGGUGGCUUGUUCAUUUGCUGCGCAGCUCGUCGCGGAACGCACGGUGUACAGUACAAUAGAGCGCUGUUUGUUUUGACGGUGAUGGCUCGUUAUUUGCUUUAUUUUCGAAGAAGAAAUACUUCUUCAAAACACGACAGCACGCCCUGCUGGUGCCGUCGCAACGCGCAAGCAAAUACAUGCGUGGCCUUGGUAGCGAGCAAAUGGGGAGAAUGGGGUACAUCAUGCUGCGCAGUCCCCUGCAUCUAGGAUAAGGAUGCAUGGCC